AUGGCAACCAUCUGCUGCUACGCUCGCAAGCAUUCGCCGGCAGCCCACACAAUGCAGGUGGGCAGUUCCCAGCGGGGCUCCCAGAGGACCUUCAGUGUCCUGGACCGGCUGCUGCUCACUCACCCUGUGUGGCUGCAGCUGUCGCUCAACCAGGACUCUGCCAUCUACAUCCUGCUCAGAGAACCUGUUGGGACCUUUCUGGUGCGUAAAUGCAGUUUGAGCCAGAGGAAGGUUCUGUGUAUGAGAGCCACAGCAGAUAGAAGUGCCUCCUCUGUGAAGGAGCGCUUCAUCUGUGAGGAGGACUCCACGUUUGCCUUGGAGAGUUCCGCACUCAGCUUCCCUGACUUGUGUCGCCUGGUGGCCUUCUACUGCAUCAGCAGGGAUGUGCUGCCUUUCCCUCUGCAGCUGCCCGAGGCCAUCGCCAAAGCUACGACGCACAGACAGCUGGAAGCCAUCUCACACAUGGGACAAGACUUCUGGAGCUCACCCAGUGCUUCAGAGAUCCAAAAUGGACCAGUAGACCAGUUAGCAUCGACCAGCAGCAGCCAGAACCAGGACUGGGCCUCCCUCCUGAACCGAAACAAACAAGGCAAACUCUGCUUCAUCAACCCACUGUUCCUGCAGCUGGAGAUCACCAAGCAGCAGCUCCAGAACCACAGUGCCUCCAACAAACGGCACCGCUUCAAACGCAGCAUGAGGCUCCGACUGUCCGAGUCCUCCAUGAACCUGUCCCUGGAGGGGGUGGGCUCCUAUUCACCCCCCACUUCAGAGGAGCAGCCCGGUGGGUCAGAGAGGCUCCAGAAGUCUGACACUAACCCUCAGAGGAGAGUCCACGCUGGGGCAGGGGUCCUGAGGAGAACCCCCGCUGUGUCCCCAGGGUCUACAGAGGAGGACGACAUGAUGUCUGCAUAUGUGCAACAAACGGGGAAGGCGGAGGAGCCUGCGGGGUCUCAGGAGCCGGCCCGGGCCGGUCAGUCCGGUGUGGAGGUGGCAGCUUUGGCCCUGGAGCGCCGUCCAGCUCCGUCCCUGGCUGAGCUGGACAGCAGCAGCUCCUUCAGCAGCAUGGACGAGGAAAACAACUCGGAUUCAGAUUCAGAAAGCGCGGCCCAGACCCAAACGCACGCCCACCAGCGCCCGCCGCUGGUGCGCUCCCGAGGCCGCGGCGGACUGCACCGGAUGAGCGAGGCAUUCGUGUGCUUCUUCGCACCGGACAAACGGCUGACGCGACUGGUGGAGGAGCUGUCCAGAGACAGACGCUCCAUCUUUGGAGGCAUGGUCCAGGACUUCCUGCUGACUCAGAGGGAGGCGCUGAAAACCCUGGCCUCCUCUUCCUCCUCCUCCUCUUCGUCUCGGGUGACCUCUGUGCAGCUUCUGCAGGGUCUGCGGCUGUUUCUGUCACAGGCCAAGUGUUGUCUGCUGGACAGUGGAGAGCUGGAGCCCCCCAUUGAAACCCUGGUACCAGAGCCUGAGACAGACCUGGCUCUGGAGAGGGCCAUGUUCUCCUGUGUGCUCAGGCCCCUGAGGUCCCCCCUGGAAAAGGCUCUGGUGGCUUUGCACAACCAGGACGGCUCCAGCCAGCGCCUGAGCCAGAACAUGCUGCGUCUGAAAGGGGAGGGGGCCAUGGAGAGGCUGGGCGUGAGGACGGGGGUCCCGGACAGCCGCGAGGUGGAGCGGGUCAAGCAGAAACUGAUCCUCAUGCACAGAACGCACUCGCCCAUCGAUAAGAUCCUCCUGCUGCUACAGGUGUGCAAGUGUGUCCACAAGGCCAUGGGGGCUCUACAUGGACAGGAGGUGAGCUUUGAGGACUUCCUGCCGGCUUUGUCGUAUGUGAUCGUGGAGUGCAACAAGCCUCAUGUACUGACGGAGGUGGAGUAUAUGAUGGAGCUGCUGGAGCCGUCCUGGCUCGGAGGAGAAGGUGGAUACUACCUGACCAGUGUGUACACCAGCCUGUGUCUGAUCCAGGGCUUGGACAAGGAUCAGGCCUUCUCCAGCUGUGUGACCCCAGAGGCCCAGGAGGCUCUGCAGGAGUGGAGCUGCAGACGGAGCCGAGAGGCCCAGAGACAGAAGGAGAACCAGCGGAACCAGAGGUGCGUUCGGAUACUGUUCCAGGACGGGGAGAGGAGCGCCGUGCGUACGUUGCAGUGGAGAGCCGGGGAGACGAGCCAGGCCUUGGCCCAGCUGUGCGCCUCCACCUUCGGAGUGUCCGACCCGCAGCAAUACACCCUGUACUGGCGCAGCGGCGGCGAGAUGAGGGCGCUGCCGGCUCAGGCGCAGCCCCAGGACCUGGCCAGCCACAGCGAAGGAGGCCCCUCCCUCUCCUACCUGAGGACCGACCACGACUUCAGCAAGAUGCGGCGGCUCACCAGAGGUGGAGCCGUGGACCUAAGCGAGUCGGUGUGUGAGGAGUGAGUGAGAGGGAUGGAGAAAUGAGGGGGGAGGAGGAGGAGGAGGAGGAAGAGGAGGAGGAGGAAGAGGAGGAGGAGGAGAUGGAUGGUCAGUCUCUUUCCCUCCCUUGUUCCGUCUCGUUCCUCUGGUGUGGUGUCUUGUGGUGGGUCAGGACACAAACUGCAGCCCCUCUCCAGACCAGGAGCUGACCUUUAACCCUAAACUCUUCCCUAGAACAUGGACCAACAUGCAGAGCAGGACCAACAUACAGACUGUUGCCAAAAGUUGUACUAUGUACCACUCGGUGUGGCUGCUAGUGUACAGGAGUGUGUUAUUCGUGAAAUGGAAAUGUGUAGUAACUGGAUUUGGUUGUUAUUUGAAACAUGAACCCAGAGGUAUACAAUGAAAGGACGAAGCCAAAGCACAACAAACAAAACAUUUUUUUUUUUUCCAAAUGGCCUGUGAUUGAAGAAAACCUAUUUUAAUAAGUUCUGGGGUUAACCCU